AUGCCAGCGCCCAACGUAAUCAUCAUCGGCGGAGGGGCCGCUGCCAUUGCCAUGGCACACGCCCUGAAGCACAAACUUGGUUUCAACAACUUUGAGAAGCGGGAGGGGCUUGGAGGGACUUGGAGAAUCAAUACUUACCCAGGAUGUGGCUCGGACGUUCCCAUACACUUGUACUCUUUUAGCUUCAAUCUCAACCCCGAUUGGACUCAAGCACUUGCCGACCAAGAGGAGAUUCUUCGAUUGGACAAGUUCAGCCUCCGCAGCCAUUUCCGCUUCAAGGUCGAGUGCACUGGAGCUGAGUGGGUAGAUGGAUCGUGGCAUGUUCACUUCCUCGACACGUACACCGGGGAGGAGUUCACGAAACAAUGCACCAUCCUCCUCUCCGCCGUAGGAGGCUUUUCUAUCCCUCGACAAGCCAAGUUUCCAGGAAUGGAUAAGUAUAAAGGCAGAACUUUUCACACCGCCGAGUGGGAUCAUACUUUUGACUGGAGAGACAAGAAAGUGGCCGUCAUUGGCAACGGCUGUAGCGCUGCGCAAGUUGUGCCGUCCAUUGCACCAGGAGUAAAGAAGCUUGUUCAAUACGCUCGCAGCCCGCAAUGGUAUCACCCUCGACCAAACCGGGUGUUCUCUUCUUUUGAAAAGUUCUGCUUUCGUUACGUACCCUUGUAUCAGCGGUAUCAUAGGCUCGAUCUCUUCCUCCAAACAGACGAUCUUGCUAGUGUAUACGGCCCAGACGAGAAGCAGAUCAAGAAGCGUUUGGCAACGGAAGCAGAAGCAAGAAGCUACAUUCUCUCCGAGGCACCCAAAAAGUAUCACCACUUUAUUGUUCCAGACUUUCCUCUUGGAUGCAAGAGACGGAUCUACGACCCCGGCGACCUGGCUGCUUUGCGUCGUGAUAACGUAGAGCUACUGCCCGAAGGUAUACAAGAGUUUACAGAAACGGGUCUGAUCAGUGAGAAGGGCAAGCCUGAGGACUUUGAUGCCGUCAUUCUAGCUACAGGCUUUGAUGUUUCGUCUUUCUUGGCUCCUAUGAAGAUCAUAGGCAAGACUGGUGAGGAACUUCGGGAACAGUGGUCAAAACGACGAGGUGCCCAAGCAUAUAUGGGAACAUUUGUGCAUAACAACCCUAACUUUGCCAUUUUGUUUGGACCAAAUACAUUCCCCGCUUUCAACUCCGUCAUUUACGCCAUCGAGGUGCAGGUCGACUACAUCACAUCUGUCCUCGUCAAGCCCAUCGUCGACGGUUAUACCCAUGUCGUUGAGGUCAAACAGGAUGCUGAAGAAGACUUUGUCGAGAACUUAGACCGUAUACUCGGCGAGACGGUCUUCUCAGCGGGAUGUAGCAACUGGUAUAUCAACAAGGCAGGAAGAAACUCAGCUGCUUGGCCGGGCGAGGCUGUGACCUUCUGGAAAGCGACUUACUUUCCGACAUGGAGCCACUUCCUUUGGACGGGAGGCUCUAGCUUCUGGAUGCUUCGCAAAGCUUGGAGAAAUCUUAAGACUACUUCGCCCCUUAGCUGGCUGGCUCUGAUUGCUGGUACAGGGUUUGCGAUGUCUCAAGGGCUUGUAGCAAUUCCACGUCCGCUUGAUAACCUUUUUCGUCCCUUGAUUGGAUGA